AUGGCUCCGAUCAUUCACUGUGUUCGCCACGCGCAAGGCGUCCACAACCUAAACACUGCCAACCACGUCAUCCCCGAUCCUCUCCUCACUGAUCUCGGCCACGAGCAAUGCGUCAAGCUGCGCGAGAGCUUCCCGAGGCACGCGCAGGUGGAUUUGGUCACCGCGUCGCCUCUCCGCCGCACGAUUUAUACAGCAUUUGAGAGCUUUGGCCCUGUCUUCGAGGCCCACCCAGAGAUGAAAUUGAUUGCGCUGCCGGACAUGCAAGAGACCUCUGAUGUGCCCUGCGAUACAGGCAGUGAGCCCCAGGCCUUACGGGAGGAGUUUGCGGGGAAGCCCAUUGAUCUGGAUAUGGUCCAUGAAGGGUGGAACAACAAGGCGGGCCGCUAUGCGCCAACGAACCAUGCCCUGAAGGAACGCUCUCGUGCCGCACGCCGCUGGCUGAAGGCUCGCCCCGAGAAGGAAAUUGUUGUUGUAACACACGGUGGCUUAUUGCACUAUUUCACAGAAGAUUGGGAGGAUGGUAGCCGGUUCCAGGGUACCGGUUGGAGCAACACUGAAUACCGAACCUACAAAUUCUCUGAUGAGGUGCAUACGGAUGAUUUGGAAGGCUAUGAGCUGGAGGGCGAUAAUGCCUCCCUUGUCGAGACCCCCGAGUCCCGGCAGCGUCGUGGCAAGGAUGGCCCGAUGCCGAAUCGCGAGCAGCAGAAGAUCCUGUACAGGCUUGGCACUCAGGGUUGGGAUGAGCAGGGUCUGCAGCUUAGCACGGAGGAACGGGAAGCCGCCAAGGUUCCCGCGGGCCAGGAGAUCGAUGGCGUGCGGGUAUAG